CCGGCACGUCCACGACACGCAUUCAGCCGCACUCUCACGAUUCCUUGGCCUACCACGAGAGAAACGAUAAAAAAUACCGGUAACGCACGCGAUUCAAAUUAAGAACUAGAUCAGUGAUGUGCAACAGUGUUUAAAAAAGGAAGACUCGAAUAAUGACUUGAAACUGCAGUUCUUUUUUAUUACACCACGACUACUAGUUUCUUCUUUUGUUUACUUAUUUUACAGUUUUAUCAAUAUUCGGAUUUCGCAUUGCUCGGAACCGAUUUCGGAUUUUAUUAUGGUACUCGGAGUAGAGGACGGCAGUUUUUCAAGAUGCUAACAAAUAUUGGGCCAAGGGCCCACAGAAACGUGGUGAAAUGGUGACGUGUGAAACUGAGAGCGCGGCACUGGGCGGUUUCCGGCUGGGCGCGCGCGACGACGACUCACGGUCGCGCCGCUCGCGCGCACCCAGCGUGUCCUCCGUGUCGCUCUACAAGCAGAAGAUAGACGCGCUGUUCGACGACACGCGCUCGGUCGCCAGUCUGCCGCAGUAUCAGCACAUGACCGUGUCGGAACUGGGAAGACGAGACAGCAAGGUCAGUUCAGCGCGAGAUAGCAAAGAGACCAUAUACGAAGAUGACGACGACUACUGUCAAAACAAAAUUAACAAGAUCAACAAUACGGUGCAGGAUCGCAUAGAGAGGAUGUUCGCAGACAUGGCAGGCGAAUCUAAGCAGUCUGCAGAUAACAUUGGAGUCCACGUAUUCAACGUUCACUACCUUGGUUCGACGCCACUGCAAGACAAAGUCACCAGCUUAUCUGGACUACAGAAGCCACUGAAAGACUUAUAUUUUGCAUACAGAAGAAAUUACCGCCAUAAAUGCACUUUCGCUGGUCGACUAGAAAUUUCUAAAUCUGGACUCAAAGUAAGAUACAAAGGAGACAAAGGUGAUUUAGAGCAAUUAAAUCCUUUCCCAACGAUAGCAGUCUGGUCAGCUGUAAAGUUCGUUGUUCAGCCUUCAGAACAUGAAUCUCAGGAUCUCAGCUAUGCAUUCCUGCCCUUAAUUACUGAUCCAGACAAUAUUGACCGUCAUGCUUUAUUUCGAAUGUUAGAAGUACCAGACAAAAAGUACAUCCUCUCCCACAACGAAAAUUCUCAUUCUCCUCUUUUCGCUGUUGUGAUGAGGAAAAUUGGUGUCGCUAAGCAAUUGGAGUGUCAUGGGUUUGUAUGUCAGACGACAGAAGACGCUAUUGUUAUAGCAGCUACGCUAUACAAGUCCCUCAUGUCACAUAUGAGUCGUCAGGGCCAUAUCGAUAAAAAGAAAUUGAAGAACCGAAAUGGAGUAAGCUGUAUGAGCAUUACGAGUAGUCUGUCGCCAAAUGAUAUUCCUGUGAGACCACCUCGUAAGAAACGUAGUACAUCUUCCAUGAGUGGAGAUAGUGAUAGGGCAGAUGGUUACUCUGCCAGUGAAUCAUUUAGUGAAAGACCCAAAUCAGAAAGGACUAAAAAAAUCUCAUCAGAGAGUUUACCUCAGCUUCCACCGCCUCCAUCCAUUAUGCCUCCCGCCGAAGCCAAAAGAAUCACAGUUGAAGAAGUUAAAGCUAAGCUAGACUCAAUUAAACAUAAUGACACAAGUGGAAGUGAUACACAGGGAUCGAGAAAAUCAGUACAGAAAAAAUGUCUAAAUCCAAGUAUAAGUAAACUCCAAAAUCUUCAAAUUUCUCAUAGUAGUAAUGAAUCGUCGGUACGCAGUAAGGUGUCUGAGAAAAUAGAACUAUUUCGAGAGUUAGAAAGACGAAAAAAUCUACAGAGACCUCCAACACUACCGCCUCCAGUUCCUACUAAGCCUGCUUUGGAUCCUCCCUCAGAGCCUGUGAAAGAGCCUUUAAGAAGAACCCAAAGCGGAAGGAAGUCCAUAAAUGAGUCUGGGGAUAUAUUAACUAAAGUGGCUAUUCCACGUUCCGGUAGCUUCCUCAAUGCCGGCGGACUUACGAGGUACAAGUCGAUUGGACAAAGAAACAACGGUAAGAAGGGAGGUGGCUCACCGUUAGGGUUCAACGAACUUUUCAAUGAAUUCAAAGUUCAGGAGAACUUACACUCUAUGGAUGAAAUCCUUAACGCCAUAAUAGACGCAGAAGGGAUGUCCUUCAACGACCUAAAACCGAUAUAUAAAGAAUUUCUCUUAAAGUUAGCAGUUACUUUAACGAAAGACGAAAUAUUUCAACAUAGUAAAGCGAUAAUGAAGAAGCAGAAAAAGAAAAUUUUAAGAAGGAACAGUAUUUUUCAGAAUAAGAGAAGAAAAAUUUUUAAAGGAGCAAGUGGCCUUCGAAUGGUUUUCAGAAUGCCAUUUGGAAAAGAUAUCCGUAAAAAAGAGAAGAAACAGCUCUCGUCGUUGGAUUUUCAAAAUGUGGCUAGUAAUAAAGAACCUGUAUCUGAAAGUUCAGUAUCUACAUCGAGCUAUGAUUUAAGACAAUUUCGUCCCAAAGAACCUAUACCACCGCCGAAAAGACAAGUGUCUAGACAACGGAAUUCCAAGCGAUCAGAUAAGAUGGUUCAUGCUUCGAAACGAAAUGGCAAGGCGUCGAAGCCCGGAGAAAGGACUUCUGCAUCCGAAGAUUCGGAUUUUCUAACUCUUAGUAAUAGACUAGGCUGUCAAAACAGAAAUAGUUCCAGUGGAUACGUAUCAUGUUCAGAAUGUGAAUCAGAAAGCUGUGUUGACCGUUGCUAUUGUUCUUUAAAAGGUGAUGAAUUUAAAUCAAAAUGUUACUGCUCUGCAGUGGAAGAUAAAGACCCGGCAAAGUUACGACUGUUCAAUAAAAGUAAAAGCUGCAAAGAUUGUUCAAGGGAGAUGUACGACGGUGACUUUUCUUACUGUUCGUGCGAUUCGGAGAGCUGUGCUGAUAGUAAUAAGUGUUACUGCGCUGGCCCAAGGCACACUACUAUGCAAGCAUCCCAGAGCUUGGAGUACCUGCGCAGUCCCUCACAAAAAACUUACUCUGACAAGAUGAAGAAGGCUUUCGACGAGUACGAUGGGCAAAAGGUUAACAGAAGAUCAAGUGCAUCAAGUCGCCGACGGGAAGACCGCAGCAGACGCGCGCGCAGCUCCGAUAAUCUCGCACUCGACUACGAACUGCUGUUGCAGAAUAAAGCACGAGACACUCGAAGCAGGAAUAUGCAGAGAUUAACUGUUCGCAGCACAGGGGCGGGUUCCCACGACGCGCUUAGUGUGAAGAAGUCCGCUGAGAUGGCGGCGUUGUUCGCGGACGUGCGACUGUCGCAGCGGACCGACGUGCGGUCGUUAGCAGCGGCGGCGAGCGGGGGGAGGCGGUCGCGCCCACCCCCGCUGCCCCCCGCGCCGCCGCGCGCCGCACCGCAACUCGCGCGGUUGUUCGACCAACGCCCGCUCAGUCGCAACGCCAGUUUGGAGGAUACGCUAGGAUAUUUACCGUAGUUACGCAUCGAAUUUCUUAUGUCUACGGGUUGGGUCAUAGCGGCCGUGCGACGCGCAAUACCUUGCGCACUUGUUCGACCAAACGCCCGCACAGCUGAAACACCAAUCUGGAAGAUAUGCUGGGAUAUUAACCCUAGAUCCACAUCUAACAUUUAUGUGUAUGUGUUGGUACCAUUAUGGGAGGAGACGGCCACGCCUGGGCCGUAUCUCGCGCGCCUGUUUGACCAGCGUCCGCUCAGUCGCAAAUAGCCGCAAUGCUAGUCUGGAAGAUAUGCUGGGAUAUUUUCCUUAAAUCCGCAUUUAACCCCUGUGUGUGUGUGGGUUGGGGCCUCUAUGGAUGUCUUGCGCCACAUCUUUCCCGCAUUUUUGACCACCGCCCAGCCGCUCAGUCGCAACGCCAGUCUGGAGGACACGCUAGGAUUUAUCUGAGUUUCGCAUCUUAUAUCUACUAACCUAAAGAAGGAUGGCAAUUUAAAGACGCUGAAGACAUGACUGAUGACUAACAUAACAGACGGUCCAGAAUCAGUUUGAGACACAUUGAGCCUUAGAAGUAAUUUCCUAUCUACAUCUUCACGUAACGACGUCGUUAACGUGGAUCGGUGCAGUUACGGAUCGGUGCGGCACUGUGCGUUGACAUAACGUGCAAAUUGACGACCAGGUUUGCAUGUUAUGACAACCCACCGUGCAACAUUACCGCGCCGUUCCACGUUGACGACGUCGUGACGUGGAGAUGUGGACAAGCAUUUAAGCACAAUUCUUAUAUGCUUUAUUCCACUUUUAUUUAAUAUGAUUUGAUUUGUAUUCGAAUAUUCUUUACUUAAUUGAUUCGAUUUUAUUUUUCGAAAACGAGGACUGAAUUCUGUAGAAACUUUGUAUAAAAUGUUUUUUUUAUUGUUACAUUAAUAUGGAUUCUACCUAAAAGUAAAUAAUUUUAUUUUAUUUUCUGAAUAUAAACGUAUACCACCUUAUUCAAUAUAAUAAGGAUUUUAAGUAUAUCGAUUGUACGUAACGUAAAAUUUAUUAUACCUACUAUGUAUGUAGUUAUUUAUUGUCGAAAAUAACCUUUAUUAUACAUAGGUAAAGUUAAAUGAGUCACUCUUAGAUAAAAUGUACAUGUACUUUUAAAAAUCUCAUUUAUUAUUAGAAAUUCGUUGUAUAAAAAGCUAUGAAACGGUUUUAUAAUGUAUUUUGCAAAGGUUAUAAAGUGGUAGUCGGUGUCCGGCAGCAAUGAAACAUAUAUCAUUUGAAAGCUUAUUUAACCAAAUAAUAUGAACAGAUAUUUUUUAUUUAAUUUUAAAUCGUGUUUGAAAAUUUAACAAUGUUAUAAUGAUUCUGGCAACCCAGUCAUAAGUCGCGUCAUAUUUUUAGUCUGAGGCAGCUUAUAACGUCAACUCAAUCACUGUGUUAAAUGUCAAGCAGCCCAAUCAUGCAUUUUAUUCGGAAAUUCUGGUGAAAUUAUUAUAUCAAUAUAUGAUUGAUUCUUUAUAAAAAAAAAACCCACAAAAUAUCUAAUAAUGUAAUGAAAGAUGAACAGAAUGAUUUAUCAAUGCUUAAGUUACAUAUUGAAUAGAAUAUAUUUGAUGUUUUGCCAAUUAAUAAUAAUAUCAUUUUAUAUUAUAAUCUUUAUUCAUGAUAUAACAUAUUAAUUACAAUUUUUAAAUAUUAAUAUAAAAACAUUUAAAAAUAUAAAAAAUAGAAGCCAACUGGCAUCGGGAACAGGGUCCUAGUUACCGGUGGUUAGGGCACCAGAGAAAGGAACCUCCUCACUAUGCGAGCCGUGUCAAGGAGUACUGCCUUCUGCAUCAGGCUAUUGACUCAGUGAUCAACCUCUGCAGAUGGCAAUCGAGGCUCUUGGCUGUCAGGUCAUUGACCGUUACAAUAUUAAAAUAUCACACAUAAUGACACAGACCCACAAUAACAAAGUUCCCUGCGCGAAAGAUCAGACUACCUGAACCCUAUGUUUUCGGGGUCGCUGAGUCCAAAUAUGGGCCAGAAUAGCGAAAUUGGUACGCGUUUUUUCAGAAAUCAGCAAAAAUGCUGUAAAUUCAAGUUUUCCGUAUAAUAUGUUUAUGUUGUUAAAAAAACUCAAACCAACUUCGCUAUUCUGGCACCAUAUUUGGACUCAGCGAUCCCGAAGACAUAAAGUUCAGGUAGUCUGGUCUUUCGCACAGAGUAGUUAUUUUUUGUGGGCCUGUGUAAUUAUUUAAAAAAAAUGGGGAUAAAAUAAAUUCUAGUUUUUUGUCAAACGAUUUACAAUUGUGUACACUGCAUGUCAUAAAAAUUUGGAGUCUGCCGGAGACUGACCCUCCAUACAAACUUAACCGUGGUCUUUGUUAUACAGUAAAGGUUCCUUUUAUUUAAUAUUUCUUAAUCAAUCCUUUUUAUUUCGAUUAGAUCUGCGAAUAAAGAAUUUUUGUGUCGCGAAUAUAGGAAUUCAGUCAAAAAUUUUUAGUCCGCGAAUAGUGAUACCGCUAAUAUAGGAAGCGUGAAUAAGGAGCUUUUACUGUAUAUAAAAAUUGCAACCAAAUAUUUUGCCUAAUAAAAUUGUAUGUUACUGGCAAUGAUUCACUUUUGGUUGUUUACUAGAAGACACUUAGAUGUUGAGUUUAUUCAUACAAUUUGCUUUUGCUAGAAAUUUAUUAAGAGUUUUUUUUUAAAAGACAACCAAUAGGCACAUGUUCUUCAAUAGGCCGGAGUGGCCAAGUUGCCACAAUUGCUAGAUGGUGUCGUCCUAUCUAGCGGUUUAUUUUUAAUUCAUGUCCAGGGUUAUGGCAUAUUUAUUUCUUCAUAUAUUUCGCAGGUUUUGAAACACAAUGUUGUUUUUAACUGAAAACAAGUUUCAAUGUUUUCAGAUUAUGACUGUAUCUUGCUGCAUCUGUGGUAGUUAGCAGUCCCUCAUUCGAUCUGGGCUCGAUAUAUGCCGAAAUCGAUUUAAGUUAAUAUGCAAAAUUUGGACAAAUAAUAAUUAUUUGGUGUUCAUUAUUAAAAUCUUGUUUCAUAGUGAAGUUAAGGUAUUUGUUUUUUGUAGAUUCUUAAGAACGUACCUAUAUUAUAAGAUUAGCUUUACUACUCAUUUGUUGAUCUUAUACCAUACUUAUCUACCAGUCAGUGGAUCGUGCAAUCUUGGUGCAAUAUUUUAUGAUGUUUUUUUUUUUAAGUUUGUUAGUGCUGGCUCACUCGCCAAGUGCAAUAUUACGCUGUAAAUAGUUUUUAUUUAAAAAAUAAACUUUGAAAAUGAUUUUUUUAUAUUUUAUUUUUUAAAAAAUCAUUUAAUCUGCAACUUUUGCAAUGGACAGAGAUAAAUAGUAGACUAUGCGGAAUAGGCCCACUGCGGAAUCGGCCCAGUACGGACGAACCCGGUCCAUCGCCACCGCUUCUGGUCCAUUGUACACAAAUAGUUCAUUAAAUUUUAAUUCUUUUUUUAUUUUAAGGUAGAAACAUGGCUUAGGAUGCAGUGCUUCCCACGAACACUUCAUAUUAUAUAAACAUAACUUUCCAAGUAUGUGAAAUGGAAAAAAAUAUACUUAACAAGUGAUGCUUAAACAGCUUCAUAAAAGGUGUGCAAAUGUUUGGAAUGUUGAUUGACAAAUAUGGAUAGUAGCGCGACGAUACAAACAUGUGCAAACAUUCCAAUUCAAAAAUAGUACUCGAGUAUGUGGGCCACAGAAACUGAUGCCUGAUCUGUGCAACCUUAUUUAGUAUUGGUAUAUACUUGUAGAGUUACAUAAUAAUGUGUGUAACUAACUACUUACAUUCAGUGUUUGACAUUUGGAGACACUCUGCAUACGACUAUUUCUGGUUUUCACCACUUCUGCUUAAGAUAACUACGAAAUAUCACUGUUUCUGGAUUCCACUAUUUUCUUUCUCGUCUCUUAAGAAGAAAGAAUAUAACAAUCUAUGAAGUUAUGUUACUGAUGUGAUGAUAAUAAAAUUAUUAUAUGACGAAUAUAAGAGUUAUUUUUAUUUUAUGGGUUACUUCUUGUUUACACGAAGAAAUACAAAAUUGCGUAUUUUGCACACCAUGAUAAAGGUAGCCAAAUAAGUUAGUGAUCAACAGCAGAAAUGGUCCAUACAAGAACUAGACUUUACAAGAAGUAGUCAAAUCCGGAAGAGGUCAUAAAUAGAAAAAGAUCAAUGAAGAACUAGUCCUUAAACUUCAAACUCGGUGGAUAUUCUACAGCUAUGAUAAUUUCAAUAAUCUAAUAUUUAUUUAUUUCUUCAAAUGUUUUUAUGUACGCAUAUAAAGUGUUAUUAUUUUUUUGUGUUACCGCUUUCUGCGAUCAGUCUGCACUAUAAGCAGAACAUUUCAAUGUCUUUUUUGGCGUGCGAUAUGGCUUUUUCAAAAAAAAACACUUCUCUCAUUGUUCCAUACUGAUUUCCAGUUAAUGCCUGUUUUCCAGCACACCGAUAGUACAUCAUUUGAGUCUUUUGGUGUGUUUGAUCAGUGAGAGCCACCGCAAGUUUAUUAACAUGGUGAAAAAGUCUGCCCUGGUAGCGCUUAGCUAUAGCGUUUAUUUCCUCCUUUAUAGUGUUGCUUUGCAAGUAGUAGUGCAUUUCUAUGCUUUUCACAAACCAUGGAGCAUUCAGUAUGGUGCGAAACACAAAGUUUUGGAAUCGCUGCAGGAUUUCUAGGGUCGAGUUACUCGCUGUACUCCAAAGUUCAAUGCCGUAAGUCUAAAUUGGUUUUAAUACCGCGUUAUAAAUGAGAAGCUUGUUAUUCAAACUGAGACGCGAGUGUCUUCCCAUGAUCCAAAGGAGUGAGCGAAAGCGAAUAUUUAUUUCAUCCCUUUUCUUUUUCCAUGUUUGCCUUCUGUCAAGAUGUAUCCCCAAGUAUUUAGCAACAUCACAUUGUGGAAUUUGUUCUGUUCCAAGGUUAACUGGUGGACAAUUUCCUGUCUUCAGCGUAAAAGUUACAUGAGUGUAUUUGGAGGCACUCGCCUUUAUUUUCCAUUUUUCCAUCCACUGGUCAAUGGUUGUGUGAUGUGCUUGUAGCUUCUCAGAAGCAAUUCUCGGAUCCUUGCUGCAACUCAGUGCCACUGUAUCAUCUGCAAAUGUGGCAGAUAGUAUUUCAGGCGAGUCAGGUAAAUCUCCGGUAAACAGUAUAAAAAACAUAGGCCCGAGCACAGAUCCCUGCGGAACACCUGCUUUUAUAUCGUAGAAUCCGGAACGGUCUUCAUUCACAACUACUCGGAACAUUCUAUCUUCUAAGUAUGAUUUGAUAAGAGUAAAGUGCUAUUAAUUAACUUUUUUAAUUAUAUAAUAAAUACAAUAUUCCUUAUGUUUCAUAACUUAUGCAUUACAUGCUCCUUGGUUUCAACUCUUGUUGAUUUUUAAUUUAAGCUUGAUUUUAUUUUUUUCUCAAAAAGUGUUUGAAAAAGUUAAUUCAUUGUAUAUUAUCUACAAACAGACAUAAUGCGUUCUUUCAUAACCGUGUAGAGCCAUGUUCACAGUAAAAAUAAAUAUCAAAACUCACAUCAAAUUAACGUAGCCCAUUGUGACUACACAUUACUACAUUUUUUAAGCACUGUAAAGCUAGUUUUAUUGGUUGCUAGGGUAUCGGAUAAAAUAAUACAUAAUUAUUCUGUUAUCGCCUCCGAGAUUUAUUUGUCUUUACUAUGUAGUACCCUCAGUACGAUCAGUCAGCCUGCACACAGUUUAGAGCGUAGUAAAAAGAGGGAGGUAGCCCCUCUCUUCACCACGCCCCGCCGCCGCUGCUCAUCGGUUUUCGCAGCAGAACGCGCUAUCCUGUUGCGCCAUCGAGCUCCUCACUUACUUUCAUACAAGUCUUCUGUAAGGUCAUUCAUCAAUCAAAGCACGCACGACUUUCAUGUCUAUAUCGGCGACUGCUUAAAUCAGGCAUGCUAUAAAAGACUUUAAAUUGCUAUGGGUUUUAGCGCAGAUCUCCUCUAAGUACAUAUUUUGUUAUCCAAGGGAUUCUAAUCUGGACUGCAAGUGAGCCAAUCCUCCCUCACCCCUGAUAAAGCCGAUUCAUGGGUCGCGAGCUAGUUUUGAGUAAAACCCAUUUUUUGCUUAGAUUUAGUUGGAUAUGCGCCUUCACUGCUUUGAUGGCCGCUAGAUCCCGAACUGUAUAAGAUCGAUCUAACUAAUCUUGAAUCUUACCUGAAUCUUUUGGUAGUACGAUAAAUAAAUCUCAGUGGAAUUUAAAAAGAAUCAGCUUUUAAAACUCAUUGGCACCCGUAAUACUACCGUAAUUCUAAAUAGGAAAUUUUGAAAGCGCCGGAAUAUACAUAAUUUAUUUUAAUAUACCUAUAUAUUAAUUAGUUUUGAUCUCCUUUAUAUAGUUUUCAAAAAACUACUUCUAGCCCAAGAAAUAGUGUAAAGCCAAAUAACUUCGCGAUGGAGUCUAGCUUGAGAUCGCGAUGCAAAUCGAUGUAGAGCACGUACCACGAGCAGCCCGUGGCACCGCGCAACACACGAUUUUGCAACGUUUGUAAUGGUUAAAGACGUGACGGAGGUACGUGGGCGAAGCAAAUAUUCGCGUAGGUCAUGAUACGGAUGCAAGUUUCGUAAAUUGUCAACUUUGCCUAAGUGACAAUAAUGUCAAUUAGGCAAAGUUACUACUACUACGCUUCCCUAUGAGGUGGAAUAGCCUGCCGCGAAUGAAUGCUGCGCGAUCACGAACUAUCUUGAGAUGAGCUGCAAACGUCAAUCGGUUGUCUAACGUGACUCCAAAGUACUUGACGCGGUUCUCCCAUGGGACGAUCCGGUCAAAUAAUUGGAUGCUCGGAAGAGAAUGCUUGGGAGGCGGUGUCGUGCUAAAGAGGAUCGUGACGCUUUUUUCCGGAUUAACCUCGAUAUGCCAUCUACAGAACUAAUCACCAAGGCUGGUAGCGGCUGAUUAAAGUCUAUUACAGACUGUUCCGAGACGUCUAUCGGAGAUAUAGAGGGCGAAAAGCGCGAGAUCGACCUUAGGAGUCUUGGGCAUGUCGUUCGUAAAGACUGAGUAGAGGAAG